AUGCUUCAGUGUAUAGCAGUACAUCAACCAUUGUUUGGCUCAUCGGAUCCAAACAUCCGAUUGUCUGCGGCGAUGGACAUGAACGAAGACAACCCAUGCGAUGAUCCUAAUCGUCAUAACUCCGAGGAUUUCGUUGACUUAACGAUAGGUUCGGCGGAACUGGAGAUCGAUUUGUUGUCGCGUCGGACCAGCUCUCAAAGUGACGACAACUCAAUCUUCGCUCAUUUGGACGCAAACGACACACUCUUCGGUGAUUUGGCCGAUGAUUGCGACGACAACCUUAUGUCCGACACAUCCCGACCCAUGUCUCUGGAGCCCAUCGUCUCUAUAAAUCCGAUUCGAUUGCCCUUUGAAUCGAUCAGAUUCAAUCGUCGGUCACGAUAUCACCCGUUCCUCCCAUUCCGUCGAAGAGAGGNACCCAUGUCUCUGGAGCCCAUCGUCUCUAUAAAUCCGAUUCGAUUGCCCUUUGAAUCGAGUCUUUUGGCGCAAACAAGCCUUGGAUUAAACAAAAGUCAGAUUCAAUCGUCGGUCACGAUAUCACCCGUUCCUCCCAUUCCGUCGAAGAGAGGGCCGGGAAGACCGCGAAAGGACGGAAAGGUUCCCAUUCAGCGCAAGAACCUCUUCCCGGGCCGACCCCGCAUGAGAGGCCGCAAGACGCUAAACACGUUGGGAAUGGGAUCUAAUCUUCCGGGAUGUGAUGUGCAGCCAUCGAAACCGAACCCCAAUUCGUUUAAUAUGUGUUCCGGACUCUCAAUAAAACCCAUUUCUGGCACUUCUGUACCGCGAAUGCCGUCAGAUUCCGGUCGAGUGGAGCUCACCAUCUCUUCUCAUAGUUUCAGUUCGUCUCAAAUGAAUUCAAAUCUAUCGAUCAGUAACUCCGAUGACUCUAACAAUGAAAGUGAACUGAAGAUGAGCGGAAGAGUUUGUAUUUUCUGCAAUUUAUCCGAGAAUUCAUCGCUUAGUUUAGGAGAACUGAUUCGUUGUGAGCCGACGCCCGGCUUUAGUCCCGCCAAGCGAUCGUCUCGACUUCGGAGUUCGCCGGAUAUUGACUCGAUUGGCACCAAUUCAUCGACUAAUGACAACUCGGAUAUGUCGUCCACCGCUCGAAACGCAACUAAAGACCCGAACCAGAAGUUCGCUCGAAGGGGAACAGACGUACAGAAAGUAAUUCCCGGACCGUUGGAUGAGUUGAAGUCGAUUGGUUUCAGCGACAAGACAGCAAUGAUGAACUUAUUCGAGUUGACCGGCCAUUGUUGGGCUCACCACUGCUGCGCCGCCUGGUCUAAGGGCGUCCGACAGAACGAUGAGUACGUGUUUCUCAACGUCGAUAAGGCUGUCUGCGAAGGCGCUCAACAGAUAUGCUUCGAGUGCAACAAAUACGGGGCAACCAUUGCCUGUCACUCGAAGCCAUCGUGUAAUCACAUCUAUCAUUACGCCUGUGCUGUCAUUAGCGGCACUUUUCUGGACAUUAAAUCCCUCUCAAUGUUAUGCCGUUUGCAUUCAUCUCAAGCCAUAAGUUUGUUUAAAAAUGAAGCCAUUUGUGGGAACUGUGAAAAGUCUGGAGAAAUUGGGGACCUUCUGUUCUGCACGAGUUGUGGACAUCACUAUCACGGACAGUGUUUGGACACACCUGUGACGGCAACUGCUAGUGUGAGGGCCGGUUGGCAGUGUCCCGAAUGCAAGUUGUGUCAGACCUGUCAUCAACCGGGAGAUGACAAUAAGAUGUUAAUGUGCGACACGUGUGAUAAGGGAUACCAUAUAUUUUGUUUGCGACCCAUUAUGUCAACGGUUCCCAAACACGGCUGGAAGUGCAAAGACUGUCGCGCUUGUGGGGACUGUGGGGCGCGUACGCCGGGUAACGGUCCCAGUUCUCGAUGGCAUAUGAAUUACUCGGUGUGCGAUAGUUGUUAUCAACAGCGAAACAAAGGCAGUUCGUGUCCAAUAUGUGGCAAAGCCUACCGACAGGCCUGUCAGAGCGAAAUGCUUCAGUGCAUCACUUGUCGUAAACUAAUUCAUAUGAGUUGUGAACCAAAACUAAGUCAACGCAAUGAUCUCAUUGCAGAAAUCGCUAAUAACUAUGUCUGCAAAGUGUGUGAAACCUCCAGUGCUUCCGGUGUUGAGCCCAGAGAUGGCUUCGCAAACAUGAGCCUUCCGGACAACAUAUUCAACGCCAGUCGGGAAUCGUUCGGUUCUUUCACUGAAGAUUCGUUGGGAAGCAUUGAUAACAUUGAAGUUCAGCCAAUGGUCUCCGGUUCUGAUGCCAUACCUGAUGUGAAGCCCUUCCCGACCCCUCUUUCCAAUAAUAACUCAUUAAUCCGACCGCCAAUACCUGUAAGUGGGGGUAAACUUAGCGGAAAGAAAAGACUGAAUUUUCCGGGAAAGAUGAGGGGCGGCAAGUUUCCGGGCAGGAAAAGGGCCAAAACCGUGGAGUUUAGACGCAAACGCGGCCCAAAAGCUAAAUUUAAGCCCUUUGCCGGCCCAUUGGGUUCUUUGGCGACAACCAGUUCUGGAGUGUCCGGAGCUUCUGCUAUCAGUUCCCAAGAGUGCGAAGUGAGAGAAAAAAUCAAAGACGACGAUCCGGCCAAUGAGAACAAAGUGAUUCUGUGUUCAGUUAAGGAUGACUUCGUAUUGUCUCAGGACAUGUGUGCGAUGUGCGGCAGUUUGGGUCAGGCCGAAGAGGGACGACUCAUCUCCUGUUCCCAAUGCGGACAAUGUUAUCAUCCAUUUUGUGUUAAUAUAAAAGUGACAAAAGUUGUUCUCAACAAAGGGUGGCGUUGUCUCGAGUGUACUGUAUGUGAAGGCUGUGGUCAGCCCCACGACGAGGCGCGUCUCCUUCUGUGCGAUGACUGCGACAUCAGUUAUCACACCUACUGUUUGGAUCCGCCAUUAGAUGACGUACCACAGGGCACCUGGAAGUGUCGCUGGUGUGUCAUUUGUGUUAAGUGCAAGUCCACGAACCCUGGAUAUGGAUCUCUUUGGCAAAAGAAUUAUACCGAAUGUGGUCCCUGUGCCAGUCAGACCACAUGCCCGGCCUGUCAGGGAGACUAUCGUGAAAGCGAUCUUAUAAUUCAAUGCAUUCAAUGCAAUCGAUGGCUUCACUCGAAAUGUGAUGGUAUGACCACUGAAGACGACUGCGAGAGUGCGGCCGACUUCGGCUAUCACUGCCUUCUUUGCCGACCUAAAGAUGAAUUGCCGCCACAUUUGCAGGCUCGGAAAGCGUCGGCUUAUCAAUCGAAACAACAGUUAAUGAAACAAAACAGUGAAGAAGUGAAUGAAAACGCGAAAAUGAUUCGAAGAGAUUCUGGUGAAUCGAUUGGAAGUAAAACAUCACUAUCUCUGACGCUCACACCACAAGUCGCACAAACGCCCACAUCUGGUCUGACACCUCUCACGCCAACAAAUGCCAGAUCCGUUGCACCGAAAGUUCAAACUCAUUAUCACUUAGUCGACGGCAUAUACCUUUCAGACAGGGGUUUGAGUCAAAUAAAGUCACUACAAGUGGAACAACCAAAGAGAACUCGAGUCAAAAGGGGUACCAAACAAGCGUUGAAUCAGUUGAACGCCAUUAAGUCUGAAGACAUGGAAGAAGUGUCUAAAGAGGAAGACAUGGCAUCUAUUGAAGACAAAGUCAAUGAAGAGGGGAAUAAAACCGAUGAAAUCGGAGAAAAGAAGAAAAGACAGCGAAGACUUCAUAAGUUAGGAAUCGGAGGCUUUUCUAUCAAACAAAGAGGAAGAAUGAGUACGAGUAAAGACACUGAAGAAGUGGUUGCGGCGAACGCAGACAUGGAUGUGAACGGCAAUGAUAUGUUUGGCGCUCAGGAUUCGGUGAACUCGGAUAAACCGCGCCGAAGACGUCGAGUGAGUAAGAAGAAGAGUCAUCUUCAGGACAGUUUCCCGCAGUACAUGCAGGAGGCCUUCUUCGGCAAAACACUUCUCGAGACAUCAGAGACCAAUCAAUCGACUCUUUUAACUAAUAUAAACGCUUUGAGUGACGACGAAGACCUGAUGACCAAAAAUAUAGAAAACGACAAAUUAAUUGUUUUGACGCCGACAGAGAUGGCGGCCGUCAAGUCACACAAACCAAAGACUGAACCCUUGAGUCACAGCGUUGACGAUCGCUCCGGGACUCCACUCGAAGACGAUCUUCAAGACGGCGAAGAUUUUCAGGAUCUCUUGCCUCCUCUUCCACCCGAUGACGAACUCAUGGAUAUGUUGAUCAAUGAGGACGCUUUGGACCGAACCAAUGAAUCACUCGAUAACCUUUCGGUUGACCCCAAAGUAGAAGGAAAUACAAAAGACGAUGCAAUGGAUCUGUUGAGUCCUAACUUCAAUUUGGAUGGAAUUGUUGGCGCAUCCAGUCUUCCACAGAUGGAUAGCAAAGAUGUCGAGGAUUUGUUUAAAGGAGUGUUGAGUCCACACAACACAGACGAUAGCAAUGACUUCAAUGCAAUAUUAGGUCCUCCGACGGCAACCAUUACUACCAAACCUUCGAUGCCGAUGCAAAUCCCUCCGCCGCCAUUGACUUCGCCUUUAGCCCCGCCAUCGACGCAAAACUUAAUGCCGGCCUCUUCUGUGCCAUUACCACAACUCAUACAUUCAAAGCAGGCGUCUCUGGACAGUAUGCCUAACGUUCCACUUCUUGACAGCCCGUACAACAUGCCGUCGCCCUUCCCUCCCGUCCCAGCGAUGAAUGAACCGUCUGCUCAAUAUAGCCCUCAACUCACUGAACCUCAGAGUCCGUGGCCUUCAGAAGGAGACGAACAGAUGACAUCUCAGGGACAGAAAAAUAUGAUUAAAUGGGAGGCCGACGAGGCAUUGGGUCCGAUGGCCACCAUAUCUCCAGUUCUUUAUGCAAAUCUAAAUCAUCAGAACCUUAAGGCCGAGUAUCCCGUAUGGAAUGACCGCAUUAAACAAAUAUCUAAGUUAUGGCGUCAGUUGCCUACUGACCAAAGACAGCCAUUCCUUCAGAAAGCACGCGAAAAUAGGGCUCAAAAUCGUAUACAAAAGGCUCAGUCAGAAACACAGCGCCCCGGGAAAGAGAUCCGACCACCGGUUGCCGUUCCCGCCAUUCGUGAUGUCGAUAAUGAACGGCAAUGGAAGCACUUGCAGGCGUCCCGACAACAGCAGCAAAUCCAACACCAGCAGGUCAUACAAGAACAGAGACAGACUCUCCUCAAGACACAAACAAUGGGUCCCAUAUCUCCCAUUGCUGACCCCUCCCGACCCCCUCUUAUGCAUAAUAUUCCACAAUCGCCUUCACGGUUAGGACCAGACUUUGGUGCUGAGAGUAUGUCUCCAGUGCCUCACGUCCAGGAUAUGCCGAUGCAAUCACCAGUUCAAAGACAUCCACUUCAAGGUUCGUUUGUUAUGAACAGACCUCAAGUACAGUCACCCUCUGGGCCGUCGCCUAUGAGUCCAGUCAUUCAGGUGUCGCGUGUGAGACCACCAAUCGAUCCAAACAAACUGCCCGUUUCGAGCGCCGGCUGCAAACCUAUGCAAUACGACCCAUACGCUCACCCGCCAAAUACACCCCGACCUCAGCCACAAAUGACUCUUCAGCCGAUUGUAAGGCCGGGAACUCCUCAACAAAGAUCUCCAUUUUCUCCCUCAUCUCCCGGUGCUUCUCACAUCAAUUCUAUACCACAAACGCCUACGAGUGAUACGUUUCAAACACCGCCAUCGACUCCUAGGCCUCACAGCAAUGAUCCACACAGUCAGACACCGAUGCCCUCCAGUCCUUACGGACAGCCGCAGACACCGCAUACGAGUCCAUUCUCGCCCACACAUAAUCUCAUGACUCAAAACCAACAGCAAUGCGUCGAUUCAUAUCCAAUGCCGAACACACUUCAGAGGAGUCAAUCGUUUCCAUCUGAUUAUCACAACACUUCAAUGGAUUCCCAGAAUAAUGAGUGUUUAUAUCAACGCAUGGGUCAGCGAACGCCCGACUCUUUUAAUCGAAAUAUUUCGUCACCAAAUACUGAUCCAUACGCGAGACCAGUGCCCACUCCACAGACCCCACAACCGCCGCCAUCGCCUCAAAGCGAACAGAUGCAGAGGCCGGUGCCUAAUGUACAGACAGAUAUAUACGCGCGACAACCCAUGACUCCACGACCCCAACAACCUCUUCAGAGAUCGCAGUCAUAUAAUGUGGACGAUAUAUAUUCACGACAACCGGGCACUCCUCGAAUGGUACAACAGUCUGACAUUUACUCUCAACAACCGGGAACUCCACGCCCCAACUUCCAGCAGCCGAUACAACAUUCACCGCAACCACAACCAUCUCCACCGGCUUUACAGCAACAGCCACACGACCCCUACGCUUAUCAACCGGGGACUCCCAGACCUGUGGUCACUCGACCCCCGUUACAAACUGUACGACAGCCUCUCAUGAUGAGGCCUCCACCUCCCGCUCCCAUUGAUCCCUAUGCCCGACAGCCGGGGACACCAAUGCCUCCACCACUUCAUGAUCCGUACGCCAAAGCUCCGGGAACUCCAAUGCCUAUGAGUCCUAAUGAUAGGCAAGAAGGGAAUGACACACAACUCUCGCGGCAACAGCUCAGAGAUUUACUACAGAAGCGACAACAAGGCCAAGAACUUCCGCCCCGGUGGCCAGGCAACAAUCAGAUGAGAGCGCCAACAAACGACGGCAUGUUUCGACAGCCUAUUCCUCCAGGAGCUAUGCUACGGCCUCGUAUUCCCACUGCUUUCCCAUCGGACCAAGUGUUCAGACAUCCGGCCAAUACUGGUGACCAAAGAAUGGUUGUCCAAAGAAUACAAGACCCACGGAUGCGAUCCGUUCUCAUACAACAACAGCCACAGCAGUUUGGAAUGAGAGGUCAGCCCCAGUGGGUACGGGUGCCCACACACAUGCACCCGAACGCUGGUUUAGCUGGCAAUCAGCCAAUGCAACAGCAAUGUGCUGAUAACCAGUACACUCAAGUGUUACCUCCAGGCGUCUCUCGUAUGCCUCCUCCGGGUGCCGUUCAACAGAAUGUUAUGUUUGCCGGUCAACCCAUACGACCCGUAAGAUCUCAGAUGUUUGUCCGACAGCAACACCCGAUGUCAGUGAAUGUGCAGAACAGUGAUGUAAUGCAGGGCCAACCCUUAGCUCAGGGCAUACCAGUGAAUCCAAACAUGUCUAACGCUCAGCAAAUAACGGACUCAAAACCGUUAAUACAGGGACCGGUACCGCCCAUUGCUGCCAAACCCCCGACCACUAGUGAUAUUGUUAAACAACUUCAAGAACAACAAAAUCCAGAAUUAGUUGAAGAGGAGUGUUCUCCUGAAGACCUCGACGACGACGAGCUCUUGGGAUUAGGCAAUGACUUCAAUAUCCUUGAAUACGCCGAUCCAGAACUCGACAAAGCUUUGAGUGGAAAGACUGGCGGAAAGAGUAAUAUAUUUGACGAGCAUUUGGAUGAUUUGGACGAUAAAGACGACGACGAGAAGAAGAAUAAGAGUGAAGAAAAGGGCGGAACAAAAGUGACACCGAAUGCCGAAACUCGAGACAAAAAGGCUGAAGUAAAACAAGAAACUGCCGGCACUUCGUUGGUUCCAAAUGUAAAAAUAGUUAACCAAAUGCCGACUCCAAACAAACCGAUCAAUCCUCGGCUCGCAUUCGCACCGCCGCCUCCCUAUCGCGGACAACAAGAGCUCCCACCGCCUCCUCCGUAUGCCCAACCGCCGCGGCAAAUGACACCCAAUCUUAUUAAGCCAAACACCAGUCAAUCAGAAUGUAUUGACCCGCAGACACCGUUAAGAUCCGCACCGAUGACACCACUUCUUCAGGAACAACCGCUUCUACUCGAAGAACUGGUUGAGCAGGAAAAGAGAGAUCAGAGGCAAGCAAUGCCAAUGCAGUCGCGCCCUUAUAUGCCGCCACAGGCGCCGCCCGACAACAUAAUGACUCAAUCGGAUAGUCUUUUAAGUGAUGUUGAGUUCGAAAGACUCAAAGCAGACAUUCUGUCAGACGAACCGAUUCCAGGACUGGUUAUGGGGUCAAUGCAAACCUCUCAACCGCACCAACAAAUGCAACAAACAUUUCCACAGCAAAUGCAACCCAACCCGAGUCAAGGGCCGCACUGGCAGAACAUCACAGACCCUGCCUUUCAAACGCAUCAAAGACUGCCACAAAUGAACCCCCGAAUGGGACCAACCCUUCAGAGACAGCAAAUGUAUCAAUCCGUUCAAAUCAAUCCAAUGGGAAUAUCCAGCGUCCGAAUGGCACCUAAUGUUCGGCCAACACAUGGCAUUCGACCCAAUGUUCCGCAAGGAAUGCCAGCCAUCAGACCAAUGGUGAGUCUUCCGCCUCCACCAACACCUCCUUUGGAGCCCAUGAAUGAUAUGGAACGACAACAACAACAUCAGUACGAGAAUUGGUUGAUCCAACAGAACAGUCUGUUAUCUCAACAACAGAAGCACUUCGAGGCAGAGAUCACUAAACUGAGAAAAGCCAAGAAAAUCGUGGCCACAAAACAAAGACAAUGCAAAAAGAAUGGAACGGAUUUGAGUGAAGUCGACCAAAACGAGUUGACUCGAAUCACUCAAGAGAUGAGUGGUCUUCAAAAGCAUUUGGAUCAGAUUCGCAAGGCUUUAAGACAACAUCAAAUGAUAACCAGUGAUUACCAUCAAAAGAGGCCAAAGCAGGCAAUGGUAGGGAUCCCGCAAACAGGCAUUUCUUUGCCACAGUCUCCGGGAAGUUCUUCCAUCCCAUCGAUGCAAACCUCUCCUCGUUCUGUGCACUCGCCUCUCAUGGCUUUGGGGUCUUCAGCUCCGGGAACUCCAAUUGCAAUGACAGGUCCGCCAACUCCUCAAUCGCCAUCAAUCAUGAGUCCAUCGCCAUUAGGUCCGUCUCCCUCUCCAUUGAUGCAGAAUUCGCCGGUUCCUAACCUUCACUCACCGGCAGCAAUGCCGCCCUCACCUAUGGUUCACUCACCAAUGCCUCACCCAAUGCCUGGUGACGCCAAUAUUAGGCCCCAAAUGUCAGCACAAUCUGUUCAUAUCGUUGACGACAACAACCCAUUCAGUGAUGUCUAUCUGCAGAAGGAAAAAAUGCAAAUGACAUCAAUCAGACCCACACAACAACCAACCUCUGCGGCUGGAUAUCAACAUAUGAUGUCAUCAGACGGACAACCCAUUGAUGAGAGACAGAAAAUGUUUCGCCAAAUCCCUUUCCAUAACGACGAUAAUAUGGCUUUCCAUCACUCAGUGCCACAACAAAUCCGUCCUCUGCAACAGAUGAGUCAACCGAUGCCAACACAACACCCGACUAGUCAUUACCAACAGUCAACUGAUUCGCAAAUGUUUCGGUUCCCGAACCAACAUAUGAUUCAUCAGCAAAGGCCGUACACUGAACUCGUGGGACAGCCAUAUCCAGCACAGUUGCCGCCUAACUAUCAGCAGCAGCAGCAACAACAACAGCAACAACAACAGGUCCAACAGCAACAGCAACAACACCAACAAAUGCAAAUCAGAAGACCACCUCCGCCUCCAUAUCCCGGAUCAUUGGGACCACCAAUGCCUCAACAACAGCAACAGCUGCAACAACAACAACAACAACACAUGAGAAUGUAUGGCUCACCUCAAGUGGCGCCUAUGUCUCGACUCGUUUCCCAUCAAAUGCAGCCCCGAAUGCCUGAAUAUUCCCAAAGGAUGUCUUCUAAUGAAUUUGAAUCUAAUAAACCGUUUGCGGAGAACAUGCCAUUGAAUUCAUAUACACCUGACGACAACCAAAUGGUUCAGUGCUCCCCCCGAUCAAUACCGGUCUCCUCUCCUUAUAGUCAUCCGGGAGAGAGUUCAUCAAUGCAUUUACCACCACAGGAUCUAUUAUCAAGUUCUGGUGAUAUGCUGGAGUCCAACGCCGGCAACGAAUUAUUGUCAGACAUUCAGUAUAAAUCCCAUUCAGAGAACGAAUCGGUCGAUCAAAAGCCAUCCCUUGUCGGCGAAGCGAAGACUUCUAUUGCCUUUAAUAUUGACGAACAGGGCUCGGGUCAGGAGAAUGACGCCGGGAAUGACAUUCUCGUCAAUUCCAACGAUUCCAACAAAGAGACCGAAGAACAGAAACAAAUGACUAAUAAUAAUGAGAUUGUCAUUAAAAAAGAGUUGAUCGAAACGAGUGGUGGUCCCUCUCAGUCCUACCAAUGGGGUGUUGAGUCCCAGUCCCAGUCCCAGUCCAACAACAUUAAUGUGAAAACCGAACAGGACAACACAUUCUCCGCUUCUAAUGCUAUCGAACAGGAGUUCACUUCUGAGACAUCGAAUGCUAUGGAAGUGAUAGAUACUGAAGAAACAAAGACAUCAAUCGUAAACAAUAAUAUUGAUUUGAAUGAAUCAAAUUUAAUGAGUGAAACCAAUGAAAGCGAUAGCAACGAAGAGUCCAUUCAUAACAAACAAAAUGCUUUACUUAAACAACUCCUACAGAACUGUCCGUCGGCUGACUCUCAGAGCAAAGCCAUUGAGUCGUUGAUGAAAGAGACGGAAGAACCCAAUGAACCGAAUAAUAUUGAGGUAACAGAGGAGACCGUAACCGUACAGACUGUGGAAAAUGUAGUUGAAAGCGAUCCUAUACCCGCUGUUUCUGUUAUACCUACUGUUUCUGCCAUACCUACUGUACCGGUCAUAUCUACUGUACCGGUCAUCCCUAAUGUACCGGCCAUACCCAAUGUCUCGGCCAUACCCAAUGUACUGGCCAUACCCAAUGUACCGGCCAUACCCAAUGUACCGGCCAUACCCAAUGUACCGGUCAUACCUACUGUUCCUAUCAUACCUAACACACAACAAGUCGAUGAAAUACAACCUAAAGAAGAGAUGGAAAUGGAAGUGAUGUCCGUUCCUAACAGCGAUGCAAACCUAACAACUGAAGCGAUGAUUCAAAGGAAUCAAAACAUGUCGACUGGAAUAUCACCGGAAAAGAAGAUGUCUUACUUGGAUAUACGUAGAGCUCAGUUGGAAAGAGAGCCCACUCCUCCUCCCGAAGAAGUGAAACCAAAGCGAAAGCGAAUUACGAAACGCAAAGAAGCCAAGAGUCCAGACGGAGUAUCCGAUGUCCCGAAACCGCCGACCAAAAAGCGGGCGCGAAAGGCAUCCCAAUCGCGCAAUGAUGAAGACAGCGAUCAAUUCUUUGCCACUUUAAUGGCACAACUCAGGGCAUUACCACCGCUCCAGAUAUCGGAACCGUCUAUUAAACCCAAUUUCAAUGUCUCGCUUCCAUUCGACGUAACGGAUCUCAACUCCAAAGAAUCGCCAUUACGUGGAAGUUAUGGCAAUGCAUUCCUCUCUUCAACCAUCGAUUACUACUCGACGUAUCCGUUUGGACCCAACAAAGCAGCGCCUCUCACACCAUCAUUACCUGCCAGUGCUGUCAACAGUGCCCACACCGUCACUAACAACUAUCUGAACACAAACAACAGCUCAUCCAUUGGUAUGCCGUCAACGAGUCGAGGCUUUUAUAACGAAGAGUUCUCUAAGAGUUCUCAUUCAGCACUUCACGUCCCUUACAAACACGACAUUGAAUUGAAUCACUACUACCGCGACUGCGACAGUCCCGACACUAUUGUCUCGUCUUCUUCACCAGAAACUGUGUUAUACGACUGUCCGACAGACACUUUCAAAGGCCUUAAAUUUAUUAGUUUUGAUGACGAAGACAACGACGAAGAUAUCAAAGACAUUAAUAACAACCGCUCCUCUCCUGACAUUCCACUACUAGUGUCGAUCCCUAUCCGUCCCAUUCCUAUGUUAGCAUCAACUUUGAUAUCUCAGAGACGACUGUCAGACCAUGAUUUCGAUAGAGACAAAGAGAAUGCAUUGGAGAUAAACGGUUCAAAUAAGCCGAAAACUAUAUCUUCAAUUCCGCUCAAAGACACGGGUAAUGUCGGCGUCACUCUUACGCUCUCAUCUGUCGACGACAUUCGCGGCAUUUUGACCGCAUUAGCCAAAUAUCUGGACAUUCCGGCGCCCAAUACAUACGAAAUAGUGGAGCGAACGGCAACUCCUCCCUCACAGAAGUUGGGUCUUUAUCACCAGAAAGAGGGCAUUGAAUCCAAUAAUGACAACCAAAUAACAGAAUUGAACGGAAAAAUGCAAAUUUUGAAGAACUUCUGCAAAUUCUGUGAUAUCGUUGUUCUGAACGCUGGAAUCAAAAAGAAAUCAUCGGAACUGUCGCUCUCAGCGCAGGAACAGCUCGAAGAGGAAGAAGACGUGAUAUUUUGCAGCACUAAUUGUUAUAUGCAGUUCGCUCUCUCCCACAGAGGCCUUCCUCCGGAGAAAGAGGCGGCGGCCGUCGUUUCGCACCGACACUCAAACGAAACGCCUGUCAAUGAAAUCAAGUCAGAAAAGCCUCUUAUUGUGAAGAACUCAAUGGAUUUAUUGCCGCCAAUGAGUCCAAUGAUGGAAGACGACGACAUCAGUGACCAAGAAGUGCUGGCAAUGAAUUUGUCACCAAAAUUACCACCUCUUGUGAUUGAAGAUCAAAUGACAGCUCCCAACAGCUUAAUGGAAGUGGAAGUGGAGUCAGAGAUCCAAACGCCCACAAUAGCCACUCCUCCCGAACCGCUUCCUAAGAAAUGGAAAGAAACGCGUUAUAAGUAUUGGAAUAAUCAGUCUUUCGAUAAAAUAAAGAUCAAAACUGAAGACGAAGACGAAGUGGAUGAGGAGGAAGAGGAGGCGGGGCUUUUGUUGGACAAAAUGGCCAUUUGUGUGAAACCUGAGGCCAGUAGUGCUGAGAAGCGGAAGUGCGCGCUCUGUCACGAGACGGGCGAUGGAGAGACUGACGGGCCGUCACGUCUGCUCAAUAUGGAUGUCGACAAAUGGAUUCAUUUGAAUUGUGCGCUUUGGUCGUCGGAGGUCUACGAGAUGUUGAACGGAGGGCUCAUGAAUGUAGACCAGGCCUGCAAGAGAGGGCUGACCCUCCAGUGCGCCAAAUGCAAGAAAAUGGGCGCAUCGCUCAAGUGCUUCAAACCUCGGUGUAUCAAUUCAUACCACUUUCCCUGUGCUCUCAAAGAUCAGUGUAUGUUCUUUAAGGACAAGACACUGCUCUGCUCUCAACACUCACCCAAAACACAUAAUCCCGAAGAGUUGACUACAUUUGUUGUGUUGAGGCGAGUGUUUGUCAAUCGCGACGAACAGAAACAGAUCGCAUCCAUGAUUCAUACGGGAGACAACAACCUCUUGAGAACCGGAAAUCUUAUAUUUGUAAACAUCGGUCAACUUCUGCCGCAUCAGUUGCAUGCCUUCCACAGCCCUAACUAUAUCUAUCCCAUCGGCUAUAAGAUUAUCCGUUUCUAUUGGAGUUGGAGGCGAUUCGGGAAGAGGUGUCAAUACAUCUGUUCCAUCGCUGAAGUCGAGGGCAGACCUGAGUUUGUGGUGGAAAUCAAAGAGGAAGGCUUCGAGAAUAUCACAUUUAGAGACAGUUCUCCUAAGAAUGUCUGGUUUAAGAUAUUGGAAUCAAUCGUUAGAAUGAGAUCUGAGGCCAAAUCAAUCAAAGUAUUUACAGACUAUAUAACCGGCGAAGACUUGUUCGGUCUCUCAGACCCGGCUGUCGUUAGAAUCUUAGAGUCUUUGCCCGGAAUCGACACUUUAAAUGACUAUAACUUCCGUUACGGUCGCUCACCAUUACUGGAGUUACCGCUGGCCAUCAAUCCGACGGGUUGUGCGCGAACUGAACCCAAACUGCGGACUCACUUCAAGCGGCCGCACACUCUGCACGUGUCGACCAGUAAUUCUUCGCGUUCAUCGAUCCAGUCGUUGAGCGGAAUGGAGGUGUCGUCGCCGUACGUCAAACAGUUCGUUCACUCCAAGUCCUCGCAAUACCGCAAAAUGAAGAUGGAGUGGCGCAACAACGUCUUCCUCGCCCGCUCUCGCAUCCAAGGGCUCGGCCUCUACGCCGUCAAAGACAUCGAAAAGCAUACAAUGAUUAUAGAGUACAUCGGACUUCUGAUCCGCAAUGAGAUCGCGGAGCGAAAUGAACGCAUAUAUGAGGCACAGAAUCGAGGCGUUUAUAUGUUUCGUUUGGACGACAACCGUGUGAUCGACGCGACACUGUCUGGAGGUUUGGCCCGUUAUGUGAACCACUCGUGUAAUCCAAACUGUGUGGCAGAAUGUGUUCAAAUCGAUAGAGAAAACAAAAUACUUAUUAUAGCCAACCGUCGCAUCCAAAGGGGCGAAGAGGUGAGUCCAACGCUCGACUCCAUUCUCUGUCUUACUUUGACGUACGACUACAAGUUCGACGUGGAGGACGACCAGCACAAGAUCCCCUGUAUGUGCGAAGCACCCAAUUGUCGCAAAUGGAUGAACUGAUCCACUCCUGCACUCAUGAGUGGAUGAACUGAUCCACUCAUUCACUCAUGAGUCAUGACUCGCUUAUUGAAGGCA